GAGGAUAGGUAGGGGUAGCGGAUUAUAAACUUAAGAUAUAAAUAGCACAACGCUAACUAAAAGCUAUUUUGAUAAUGAAGAAUGUAAACAUUUGGCAACAGCGCUGUGGAAACGCUGCCUUUUGAUGCUUCACAUGCGUAGAAGAAGAUGCGCAUUCUUACCGGUUCAAAUUACAACGUUUUUACAUAGCGAAACUCGCCUUUAAUUCGUUUUUGACAGAUUGUCAUUAUAAAUUCAUACAAAAAAAUUACAAAGUACCAAAUACCGAAUUAAUUAGCUGCAUGACUCCGACUGUCGCCCUUCCGUAAACGUAUUCGGUAUACUAAAAAAAAAAAACCAUCAAAAUUAUCCGUAAACUAACAUCCAAGUCCAAAUCGUCCUGUACGAGUUCCGAACCGCCCCUGAAAGCAAAACCGAAAUGGCGAACUGUUAUUGUUGCAAGCAAAGCUGCAACGUAUUGGUGCCCGAUCCGAGGAAGUUGCGCUACGACCAGGACUCCUUCAUCGGCCGCUACAUGGAACUGUUCCAGCUCACCAACCCCAAAUACCUCUUCUACUUGCCGGGCAGCUACAAGACCGCCCGGCAGAUCAUCAACACGAUCGAAGUGGACGGCUAUCGCCCGUGCAAAACCUCCGACAGCGAAAUCUGGAACGCCAAAUCGACCUACGAUUCGGUCUACGGCAAAACCGGCCGAAAGGUACCGGUGCUGGCGCGACCCGUCUACUACGCGCCCUUCAAAACGCUGCUGUUCUUCGGCAUGAUACGCUUCAACAGAGACCCCAAGCACAUCGUCCUCAUGCAAGUCCUGAACCAAGCCUUCAACAUCAACGUGGUCAGGCACCAGAGGAACCCGCCGGCCCAACCCACCGCGGCGCAACUGCUCGCCGCCUUCCUCGUGGGUUCCGUGACGUCCUCGGCGACGGCCGUCUACCUGCGGAAUUACCUCAAGAAGCAAUGCGCCUCGCGGAUGGCGCUCGGCAUGGUGCCGUUCGUCGCCGUGGCGGCCGCCCAUCUGCUCAGCACGCCGUUCCUUCGGGCGCAGGAGAUGUUCGAAGGCAAGCCGAUAUUCGAUUGCUGCGGCACCAAGUUGGGCGUGUCGCGGAACGUCUCGCACAAAUCCACAUCGUUGGAUGUCAUUUGCAACAUAUGCAAGGUGGCGCCGCCGCUGUUGCUCACGCCGUACGUGAUGAAACGGAUGCGAUUGAACGGCACGUUCUGCAGGUACCCGUGGACGAGGAUCGGCGGCCCCGUGGCGUGUAUAUUCCUCAGUUUGGUGCUUUUAUCACCCUUGGUGGGGGCCAUAUUCCACCAGCGCAGGUCCAUCGGGUUCAUGCGGUUGGAGAACAAUUUGAAGUGCAAGGCUUCGAAGGAGGUGUACUUCGGUAGACCGCCUCAAUACGUUUGUUAUUGCGCCGGACCGCCUCUACCUUUUUAACAUUACAGCCAACACGCAUCUUGUCAAUAAACGAAUGAUUCUAAACGUAUUAACGUCGCAGUUUGAAUUGCAUGACGCAGCGCUGUUGCCAAAUGCACUUUCAC